CCAGCUGAACCACUGGAAGUUAUAAAGACUAAUUUCCUUUCACAUUUUUGGCUCUUGAGAGUUUAAGUCUGGGUUUCUAGCACAGAACUAAGAAAAACUGGAGUAGUAAUGGUGAACACUCUCUCUGACAGUUGUGAGCCCGAGGGGCCUCUGAUCAUUCCAAGACAUCCAGAAACAUUUUAAUUAUCCGACACCUUCUUCUUUUUUUUUUUUAUCUUCUGUUGCAUACAAAGCACACUUGAGGACAACAAUCGGGUGUGUGUGCGUGUUCGGACAUGUUUCGCACACAUUCGCACCAGCUAAACAAGGUGGCGACCGCGUGACAGCGAGAGGAAAAAGUUUCUUGUUUUCGAUGUAUUUGGCAGAAGAACGAGGACCAAGGAACGGGAACACAGACAUGCACUUUAUGAAACAAGCGUCCAGUUUGCUUUUCUAGCAAAUGUGCAGGGACGGCUGUGAAGCAGCCAGGUGAGCUGCUGUUAUCUGCUCCGUCUGCUCCGCUGAGCCAAGUUCAUCAUUACUGAGAUGUUGAAUGCAGAAGGAAUGUGGCGGCCGGGGUCAAGUGACUGUACUCUGCGCUCCGGAAAAUGUCAGCGCAAAGAGAGAGAGAGACACUAUCAGUCUGCGUCCGCAUGUUGAGCCUGAAGACCUGAACACCGGGAGAUCUGCACCUUUCUGCCCAUCCAGACUCCGGUCUCCCCCUCCGCGCUUCUAGCAUGAUGUCUUAUCUCAAACAGGCCCCGUACGGGAUGAACGGACUGGGCCUGAGCGGAGCCGCCAUGGACCUGCUGCACCCGUCUGUAGGAUACCCGGGCAACCCGCGGAAGCAGCGCCGGGAGCGGACCACCUUCACCCGGACGCAGCUGGACAUCCUGGAGUCUCUGUUCGCCAAGACGCGCUACCCGGACAUCUUCAUGAGGGAGGAGGUGGCGCUGAAAAUCAACCUGCCGGAGUCCAGAGUGCAGGUCUGGUUUAAAAACAGGAGAGCCAAGUGUCGGCAGCAGCAGCAGAGCAGCAACAGCGCCAAGGUGAAACCAAUGAAGAAGAAGUCCUCUCCGACCAGAGAGAGCACCGGUUCAGAGAGCAGCGGCCAGUUCACCCCGCCGGCGGUGUCCAGCUCCUCCUCCACCUCCAACUCCUCUUCAUCCUCCUCCUCUUCUUCCUCCGUCUCCUCCAGCCUCGGAGGACCCGGUCUGAUCAGCACCUCUACCCCCGUCACCGCCCCGGUGUCGUCCAUCUGGAGCCCGGCGCCCAUCUCCCCGGCCCCGGCUCCGGCCGCGCUGCCGGACCCCGCCGCCCCCACCAGCGCCUCCUGCAUGCAGCGCUCGGUGACGUCCUCCACCACCGGGGGGACGCCGUCCUACCCGGUGUCUUACAGCCAGACGGCGGCGGCGUACAGCCAGGGUUACCCGGCCUCGGCGUCAGGCUCCUACUUCAGCGGCGUGGAGUGCGGCUCGUAUCUGGCGCCCAUGCACUCCCAUCACCACCCGCACCACCCGCACCAGCUCAGCCCCAUGACGGGCGGCUCCAUGUCGGGACACCCGCACCACCACAUCAGCCAGACGUCAGGGCACCACCACCAUCACCACCACCCGUCGCACCACCACCAGGCAUACAGCGCGCCGGGCCUCGCCUUCAACUCCACAGACUGUCUGGAUUACAAAGAGCAGACGGCGGCGGCUUCGGCCUGGAAACUCAACUUCAACGCCGCCGACUGUUUGGACUACAAAGACCAGGCCUCAUGGCGUUUCCAAGUGCUGUGACUUCCUGUGUUUCUCUCUUCCUCUCUGCUCCUCCUUUCAAAGAAGUAUUCCUUUUGUUGUUGGUGGUUUAUAAGAUCCUUUAAACUAAUAGUAGAGACGUUUUUUAAAAGUUUAUUUGUGAACGAACUGAAACGACGCACAGAGGGUUCGCUUCCUCCGCCGCUAUCAGCAGAUCGACUCGUCCAGGAUUAUUUUUCUACUCCAGAACUCGAGAGAGAAAAUGACCCAUUUACAACUUUUGAAGGCCUUUUAAUAGUUAAAUUUCAGUGGAAGCUGCGAGAUUGUGCAGUCCGGGAUCAUCAAUUUCAACUUGAUGAGGAUUAUUCUUCAAAGAACAAAAAAAAAAAUCAACUUUGACAGAAACAACAUGAAACAAAUCUGAAAUUAGACUCUUGAGUGGGCUUUUUUUUUUUUUCUAAACUUCUUUUCAAAAAAAAAAAAACACGAUGCUGCUAUGAUUUUCAGGUUGCUGAUAUUCAUUUCUAUCUUUGAAUCUUGUUCAGAAACUCGUCGUCCGGCCUGUGGGUGUUGUAUUUUGGAGAUUGAAUUGCAGCACUUGUUCAUAAGGUGAAAGAUUUUUUUGCUAUUUGUUCUUUGCAGAUGAAAGAAAAUUACAAAAAAAAAAAAAAUGUGAAUUAGACACGCAAUGUCAGUAUUCCAUUGAAAUUUGAAAGAUGUACAUUCGUGUCAUUUAUAAUAAAGUCUUGUUAAAACACGAA